CAGACCAGGGCGCGUAGUUUGAAUUGAUCGCGCGCCGGGGCUCCCUUACAAACUAUUUCCACCGCCGAGAGUUCGCAGCACCGUAUGGCCUGGUCCGUUCAAAUAGAGUUAGUGGACUCAAGCGGAAACGUACACAUCCGUGUGUAUAGCUCUAGAUAGCGUUUUCCCUCAAAGAAGCGUAAAGGAUGGCUGGUGCGGAGCUGGAAGACUUGUGCUCUCAUAUCAAUGAAAAAAUUUCCCAUGUUAAGAAAAUUCUGCAAUUGAAAAAUAUAGGAUAUGAUCCAGCCUUAAAGACUGUAUUUCAGAAAAUUAGAAAUGAAAUGACUCUUCUAAAUGACCUUUUAAACAAGUUGGAGCUGGAGAUUCAAUAUCAAGAACAUGUCAGGAAUUCACUUAGGGAGUUACAGGAAUCCCUUGAUGGAAAUUACAAAGAAAUACAUAACCUUAAGGAAAAUAUUCCUCCCCAUUUGCCCAAAGUAGUCCAGAGCUGUGUGGUGGAACCAAAUGCUAAUCCUGAAGAACAAGUUAAAAUUACAGCAUCUGAACACUCAAAGAAACCCUCAAAAGAGCAAAAACCAAUUAAAGAAAUUUUACUAUUAACUUCUGAUGAAUUUGAUAAUGUGCCUGGGUAUAUGAAAUCUCGUCUGACAUACUGUCAAAUUAAUGAUUUUAUUAAAGAAAUCAACAAGGCAGUGGCUAGUAAAUAUAGAAUCCUAAAUUUGCCCAAAAAAACUAUGAAUUCUUCUAUCAGAAAUCUGUAUCACAGGUUCAUUGAAGAUGAAACCAAAGAUACCAAAGGCCAAUACUUUGUAGUAGAAGCUGAUAUAAAAGAGUUCACCAAUUUGAAAGUUGACAAGCGGUUUCAUGUGAUACUGAACAUUUUAAGGCACUGCCGACGGCUGUCAGAAGUCCGUGGAGGAGGACUUGUCCGUUAUGUUAUAAACUGAUAGGUUUUGGCAUUUUCACUGACGGUGUUGUAUAGAUUGUUUUGUAAUUCCUGUUUCAUAAUGUAUUUUCAUUACCUUUUUUAAUUUGUUCAGCACUUAAUAAAACUUUAGUUUGUUCUUCACUUAAUAAGUAUGCUGUUGGUCAUAACAGAGACUAGCCAGGUAAAAAUAUAUACCAUUACGACUACCUAAAAGCAAUUCAUUAAUACACUCUUGAUUCAUUUGUUUCGUGGUGUCUUUUUCUUAUGUGAGGAUAGCUUAUUAUUAACCAACAUGACACUUGAUUAUCUGACCCAGCAUCUCUCCUGCUUGGGUCUAGAAUUGCUAAAGUGUUGCAAGGAUUGGAGCUGUAGAACUAACCUUCCAAAAAACUAUUUGGUUAGUGAUAAAUGAAGUUAUGGGUUUUAUGAAUUGGAUGAGUUUGCCUACUCUACCUGUUGAGCCUUCUCUUGUACUUGUUGUUUGCCAAACUUUAAGACCAAAUUACUUUAGUGUACCAUUUGUGUUAUAUUAAUUUUGGCUGGUGUCUUUGUUCUUUUUUCCAUGUGUUUUUUCCUUCUAGUUUCCUUAAAGGUGAGAAUAUGUAUGUAUGUAUGUGUAUGUGCAUGUAUAUAUGUGGUGUGUAUA